UUUUAACCUUUACUCAUCCAUGUAAAUAAAAGAGCUCUUCUGAUAAUUUCUGUAUUGUGUAAAACUUAUCGGUAAAUCAUUUCAGUACCAUGUCGUGAUAUUGCUCAACUAAUAGUUUUAGGUUUUAUAAAAUCUUUCAUUCCCUUUUAUAUGUUUUUGAUAUAUCGUUAAUGCCUUCCAGUAUAUUUUUAAAAUGUUUUCUAAUCUUAGUUAAGCUGAAUUUCUUUUACUUAACCAUUAGACUGGACAAAAAUUGAUCAGUGUUCCAUUACUAGUACUUAAUGUUUAAAUAAAAACUAUAAUUGGGAUUAUAAAAGGGUAAUGUAUGGAGUGAGUGAAGAAAAUGCCUCCUGGAACAAGCAUAAGAACUCCUAACACAUUUUGUGGACAAAUUAUUCACUCUGUUAAGUGGGUUCCAGUUGUUUUUUUAAUGUGCAUAGUUGCUUGGUCUUACUAUGCCUAUGUUUUUCAGUUAUGCAUAUUGACUGUAAAAACGUUUUUUGAGAAACUUAUUUAUCUUAUCAUAUAUCAUUUUUUACUUGUUAUAUUUUUAUGGACUUACUGGCUUACCAUAUUUACUCCUCCAGCUACUGUCCCAAGGAAGUUUUUACUUCCUCCCGAAGAAUUUGAAAAAAUGGGACGUACAACGGAUGAAACAGCGCAAAGAAACAUUUUAGAGAACUUUGCCCGCACACUGCAUGUUGUGAAUAGAACAUUAAAUGGUGCUGUUAGAUUCUGUGAAAAAUGUCAAGUAGUAAAGCCUGACAGAGCACACCAUUGUAGUGUAUGUGGUGUUUGCAUUCUCAAAAUGGAUCAUCAUUGCCCUUGGGUGAACAACUGUGUUUCAUUUACUAACUACAAGUUUUUUUUACUGUUCCUUGGGUAUGCCUUUCUCUAUUGUUUUUUCAUCGACAUAACCAGUCUACAAUAUUUUAUACUAUUUUGGAAGGAUUUGCAGGGGAAUUUGGAGAAUUCUUCCAAGUUUCAUAUUCUUUUCCUGUUUGUUGUGGCAGCCAUGUUUUGUACUAGUCUAGCCUCGCUAUUCAUUUAUCACCUGAUUCUUGUUGGAAAAAAUAGAACUACAUUAGAAGCAUUCAGGCACCCUGUGUUCAUUAUUAGGGGUCCUGAUAAGAAUGGUUUUAAUCUUGGAACAAUGAAUAAUUUUCAAGAAGUAUUUGGUGACAGGACUCUAUUAUGGUUCAUUCCUGUUUUCACGAGUUUGGGUGAUGGCCUUGUAUUUCCUACGAGUACAGACAUAGAGAUGGGAUCGAACCUUCUUAUGACUUCCCAAAGGUCAGAGUAACCACUACAGAUUCGUAGCUGAUUUGCUUUUUAAAUACACAAAAACUUGUUCAAAAGAGAAAAAAAAAAUGGGAGAAAGAAUUUUUAAUAAAACAUUGACUACGUUAUGUCAUUAUUGCUUAAUGCUUGUAACUUUUGUUGCAUGGCAUAAUUGAAAAAAAAAACAACAACAUGAUAUCACUAAGUGCUUGUUUCUUAUUACUUUAAUAAAAUAAGAUUUUUUUUCUUUUGAAAUAAAAGUUUAAUAGUUAUGUCAAGGCCAGC